AUGGAGAUUGUCCCAGCUGAGGAUAAAUCCAUACCAAUUACAAAAGGCUCAUACAAGGAUACCCUUUUGACGGGUCCUGGCCUUGAGGGCGACCAUGACGAGUAUCUCAGCGUGGAUGACCGUGAACCUAACCCUGAGGACAAAUGGUAUCAAGAUGAUGAGGACGGGAAAAAUGUCGAGAAACCUUUCAACCCUUGCCCUACGAUCCCAGUGUCGAAAGAGAAAUUUGAGGAGUGGUGCAAACCAUGGAAAAAUGCUCUCAUGGUCAAGGUGUUGGGCAAACGCGUGACUUUUGCGUUUAUGGAGCAACGUCUUCGCAGGGAUUGGGAAAGCAAAGGUAAGAUUCAUGUUAUUGAUAUGAAUCAUGACUAUUUUUUGGUUCACUUUUCAGAUGAGGAGGACUACACACAUGCGUUGAUGGAAGGACCCUGGAUGAUAGCCGGCCACUAUCUUAUUAUUCAGAGAUGGAGACCUUUUUUCCUAUCAGGUCCCACAGAAGUAAGGAAAAUCGCUGCUUGGAUCCGCAUCCCGAAUCUUCCGAUUGAACUCUAUAACCACCGUUUUCUUUGGAGGGUUGGAUCCACUAUUGGCCAUAUGCUAAAAGUUGAUCGCACAACAUCAAUUCAUUCGAGGGAAAAAUUUGCUCGUAUAUGUGUUGAAAUCGACUUGGCCAAACAACUGGUUCCCCGGAUCUCGGUCCUUGGAAGUGAACUUCACCUUGAAUAUGAAGGGUUGCACCAAAUCUGCUUUUCCUGUGGCAAAUAUGGUCAUAGAUCAGACCAAUGCAUGGAAAACCUCGCAGCUGGCGACAAACCCAUGGAAGACACUCACGUCGAGGAUACCACUCCGGUGGAGGUACCGGUCCGGAGAGAGGGUGACCAAAAUGGAAAGUCUGAGAAUCCACAAAAUCAGCAAAAUCACGACAACGACAUACCCAACGCGGAUUUCGGGCCAUGGAUGCUGGUUAAAAGAUACGUCGACAGAAAGAAAGCUCAAUCAAGGCAGAACAAAUCUCAAGCCAAUCAGGUAAAGAAUCCUAGCCAUAACUCCAUAAUAGAGGGGACUCAAAAAAGGAAAGAUCCGGAACUGGGAUCCCGAUUUGCUAUUUUGCAUGGGGAAAGUGCGGAGAUCAUGCAGGACACAAAGAAAGAUUCAGAUAAGGGCCAAGAGCAUGGGAAGGAGAUUGGGCCGCAAAAACCCCAGGCCCAAGAAGUAACGGGUAGAUCCCAAACCCAAAAACGAACCCCCAAACCGGGUGCAGGAAAGAACCCGCAAACUUUGAAGAAAACCACACCCACUCCUAGGGUCUCUCUGGUACAGGGGGAAUUCAUCGCAUAA